AUGUACGUUGAUGAUCUUCUGACUGGAUUCAACUCCACUGAAGAGGCUAUUGAAACACGAGAACAAAUUAUCCAUCUAUUGAGGAAAGGAGGACUCAACAUGCGUCAAUGGGCUUCCAAUAAUUCCAAAAUUCUAGAAGGACUCCCACAUGAUGAGAUCAACCAGCAUUUGCAGCUUGAUGGGGACAAACCCCUGAAAACUCUUGGCAUUUCCUGGAACUCAGAAAAUGAUAGCAUUAACUACACUGCUAAACACAUUAAAAUCACUGGAGCAAUCACUAAACGAAAAAUCUUGUCAGAAAUUGCUGCCAUCUUUGACCCUCUAGGCCUUCUGGGCCCUGUUAUUUUGAAAGCAAAAACUAUAAUACAACAGCUCUGGUCAGCAAAGCUUGAUUGGGAUGAAUCCAUACCUCUCCAUAUAUUAACAAUAUGGACUGACUUCUGUAACCAGUUGUCAUUGAUUAAUGAUUUGAGAUUUGACAGAAAAACCCUUGUUAAAGACACAAUCACCAACGAAAUCCACGGAUUUUGUGACGCCAGUGAAACUGGCUUCGGAGCUUGCAUUUACCUCAAAUCGACAGAUUCCUCAGGUUUUACACAAACGACUUUGUUAUGUUCAAAAUCCAGAGUAGCUCCAUUGAAAAGUAUUAGUAUUCCUCGUCUAGAGCUUUGUGGAGCAUUAACCCUAUCCAAUCUUCUUCAAUCAGUCCAGCAAUCCAUCAAUAUUCCAAUCACCAAAACUGUCCUCUGGACUGAUUCCAUGAUAGUCUUACACUGGAUCCAUACUCCUCCUCAUUCCUUGAAAACUUUCGUCCAAAACAGAGUCUCAGAAAUCCAAUCUUUAACAGAAUCUUGUGAAUGGAAACACGUGUCAUCAGGAGACAAUCCUGCUGAUGCACUGUCUAGAGGACAAUUACCAACUGAAUUUAUCCACAAUCAACUCUGGGCUACUGGAUUUAUUCCAAAGGCGAAUAGUCAACGUUGGCAGGGGCGAGUGACAUUGGCGGAAUUAGAGAAUACACGAGUCCGUAUCAUCAAACUUGUUCAACUACAAGCGUUUGGGGGAGAGAUCAAGAUGCUGACACAAAGAGACACGAAGGUUCAACAUCAACCCAGUCAGUUGAAGCAAUUAAAUCCAUUCAUUGAUACUCAAGGCGUGCUACGGGUAGGAGGAAGACUACAAAAUGCUGGACUUCCCUUUGACCAGCAACAUCCAAUUGUUUUGCCAUCCACUGGAAACAUCACAGCAUUGAUCAUCUCCAAAUAUCACCUUGACAAUUGUCAUUCAGGCAUUCAGAAUACACUAUAUUCAAUUAGACAAAAUUACUGGAUUCUGGGUGGGAGAAAUUCAGUUCGGAAGAUAAUUCGAAAAUGUCCCACAUGCUGCCGAGCCAACCCACCUAUAACCAAUUACGUUAUGGGAAAUCUACCGAAGGGUCGAGUAUCACAAACAAUCAGACCAUUUGUGAACGUGGGAGUCGACUUCUGCGGACCAUUUCUCAUCAAGGAAAGGAAGCAUCGGAACAGGAAUACAACCAAGGUCUACGUCGCUGUGUUCAUUUGCCUCUCCGUGAAGGCCGUACAUCUAGAGCUGGUCAGUGAUCUCACUACCACAGGUUUUUUGGCCGCUCUAGAUCGAUUCAUGGCUAGGAGAGGAAAACCAUCAACCAUUGAGUCAGACAAUGGAACCAAUUUUACGGGAGCCAAUAACGAAUUGAAAAACAUCAUCAAGGAUGUACAACACCCCGAGCAAGAAGCAAUCAUAUCGCGAAGACUGAAUGACCAAGGGAUUCAAUGGAAAUUUACACCUCCAUUAUCUCCACAUUUUGGCGGUAUUUGGGAAGCUGCAGUCAAAUCAUUUAAGCAUCAUUUGAUACGAGUUACAAAAAACAGCCUUUUCACCUUCGAGGAAUUAAACACCUUCAUCAUCAAAAUAGAGGGAAUUUUGAACUCGCGACCAAUUUCUCCCAUGUCAACCGAUCCAAAUGAUAUCCAAGCACUCUCACCAGGCCAUUUUCUGAUCGGUACUCCACUCACCAGCAUUCCCGAACGUGAUCUUAAACAAGAUAAAAUCAAUACUCUAUCCAGAUGGGAAUUGAUCCAGAAAAUGAAACAAGAUUUUUGGACUAGAUGGAAUAAGGAAUAUCUGAACGAGUUGAAUAUUAGACGAAAAUGGACCACUGGAAGUCAUGAUAUUAAAAGGGACUCAAUUGUGUUGCUGAAGGAUGACAACACUCCACCCAUGAAAUGGAAACUUGGUCGAGUGAUUGAUCUUCACCCAGGAGUAGACAACAUCAUCAGAGUCGUCACAGUAAAAACAGCCACCGGAAUCCUGAAACGCAAUGUCAAACGUCUCGCCCCCUUGCCAACGCCUGCUUCAACGAAUUAA